UCACCCCACAGAAUUCCAUGAACCUGCCCCCAGACAAGAUGAAACUGCUCAACCAGUACGACAACGAGAAGAAGUGGGAGCUGAUCUGUGACCAGGAGCGUUUCCAGGUGAAAAACCCUCCGUCCGCCUACAUCCAGAAGCUGAAGAGCUACUUGGACACGGGUGGUGUCAGCAGGAAGUUCAAGAGGCGAGUGCAGGAGUCCACGCAGGUGCUCAGGGAGCUGGAGAUUUCCUUGAGGACCAACUACAUUGGUUGCCUGGUCCGAGGUGGCCACGACAUCAUCCUGGCUGCCUUCGACAACUUCAAGGAGGUGUGCGGGGAGAAGAACCGCUUUGAGAAGCUGAUGGAGUAUUUCCGAAACGAGGACACCAACAUCGACUUCAUGGUGGCCUGCAUGCAGUUCAUCAACAUCGUGGUGCACUCGGUGGAGAACAUGAACUUCCGCGUGUUCCUGCAGUACGAGUUCACCCACCUGGGGCUGGACCAGUACCUGGAGAGCCUGCGCCUCACCGAGAGCGACAAGCUGCAGGUGCAGAUCCAAGCCUACCUGGACAACGUCUUCGAUGUGGGGGCCAUGCUGGAGGACUCGGAGACCAAGACGGCGGUGCUGGAGCACAUGGAGGAGCUGCAGGAGCUCGGAUGCAGACCCAGCCACAGUAAUGAAGGGCCAGCAGAGCCUGCCCUGGGCAGGGUGAAGGGCUGGUUGAGGAGGGUCGGGGCUGACCCAGCUCUCCCCCAGCUCCUGGAGAUGAAGUCCACGGACCGCAAGCAGACGCUGCUGCACUACCUGGUGCGGGUGAUCACGGAGAAGUACCCGGAGCUCACGGGCUUCCACACCGAGCUGCACUUCCUCGACAAGGCGGGCACAGUGUCCCUGGACGGGGUCCUGCAGGACGUGCGGAGCCUCCAGCAGGGCAUGGAGCUGACCCGCAGGGAGUUCCUGCGCCAGGACGACAGCCCCGUGCUCAAGGACUUCCUCAAGGUCAACUCAGAGGUGAUGGAGAAGCUGCAGGCUGACAGCAAAACUGCCAAGGAGGCCUAUGAGUCGGCUGUGGAGUAUUUUGGGGAGAACCCCAAGACCAGUCCCCCCACCACCUUCUUCCCCAUGUUCAUGCGCUUCAUCAGAGCCUACAAGAAAGCAGAGCAGGACAUUGAGCUGUGGAAGAAACAAGAGGCCGCGGCCAAGGAGGCAGAAAACAGCCCCACCGAGCAGCAGCCGGAGCUGCCCAUCCAGAAGGCCAAGCGGCAGCAGAUGGACAUGAUCGCUGAGCUCAAGAAGAAGCAGAUGGUGAAGGAGCCUCUCAUCUACGAAGGCAAAGAUGGGGCCAUUGAGGACAUCAUUUCAGGUGAGAGAUGA